AUAGUCCAGAUUUCAUCUUUGUAUGAAACCAAAACUUUUCAUUUCAAAAAGUUGACCAAAAAGAAAAGAAACUUUUCAUUGAAAAAAAUGUAUAAUUCAUAAAAGCGAAGAAGACAUAAUGAGGAAAAAAAUGACGUCGUUACUGUCACCGUCUUCUUCUUCGUCUCUCCGUAGAAAACGCCGUCUCACCCACUUCUUCUACACCGUACUCGCUUUCAUCCUCCUCGCCGCCUUCAUCUACGGCCACGAUUUCCUCUCCUUCUCUCCUCGUUCCCUUCACUCCUCACCAACGAUCCUCAAACAAGUGAACGACCCUCCGCUUCCGAUUCCACCUUCUCCUCCUCCGCCACCACCACCACCGACACCAUCUCCUCCUCCUCCUCCUCCUCCUCCUCCGCCUCCUUCUCCUCCGCCUCCGGCGUUCGCGGUGGGGAAGACGCCGGAAGGAUGCGAUGUGUACAGAGGGAACUGGGUCAAAGACAAGUCAACGCGGCCGUUAUACAAAGAAUCCGAAUGUCCGUACAUCCAGCCGCAGCUCACGUGCCGCACGCAUGGCCGUCCCGAUAACGACUACGAUUCGUGGAGAUGGCAGCCUCACUCCUGCUCCCUCCCCUCGUUCGAUGCGAAGAUGAUGCUUGAGAGCCUAAGAGGGAAGAAGAUGAUGUUCGUCGGAGACUCCCUCAACAGAGGGAUGUACGUCUCUCUCAUCUGUCUUCUCCAUUCACAGAUCCCUGAAAGUUCCAAAUCCAUGGAUACUUUUGGUUCCCUCACCGUCUUCUCUCUCAAGGAUUACAACGCGACGAUUGAGUUCUACUGGGCACCGUUUCUUCUCGAGUCCAACUCGGAUAACGCCACUGUUCAUAGAGUGACGGAUCGGAUUGUGAGGAAAGACUCGAUUAACAAACAUGGUAGGCACUGGCGAGGCGCUGAUAUUGUUGUGUUCAAUACCUACUUGUGGUGGAGGACCGGCUUCAAGAUGAAGAUCUUGGAAGGUUCGUUCAAGGAUGAGAAGAAGAGGAUCGUUGAGAUGGAGAGCGAUGAUGCUUAUCGUAUGGCGCUCAAGACUAUGGUUAAAUGGGUGAAGAAGAAUAUGGAUCCUUUCAAGACUAGGGUCUUCUUCGCUACCAUGUCCCCUACUCAUUACAAGAGCGAGGACUGGGGAGGGGAGCAAGGGAAGAACUGUUACAACCAAACGACACCGAUCCAAGACAUUGACCACUGGCCAUCAGACUGCAGCAAAACGUUAAUGAAAGUGAUCGGGGAGGAACUAGACGGGAGAAAAGACUUUCCGGUGACGAUACUGAACAUUACACAGCUCUCAGGGUAUAGGAAAGACGCACACACGUCGAUAUACAAGAAGCAGUGGAGCCCGUUGACGAAAGAGCAGCUAGCCAAUCCGGUUAGCUACUCGGACUGUAUACACUGGUGCUUGCCUGGUCUUCAAGAUACUUGGAACGAACUUCUCUUUGCUAAGUUAUUCUAUCCUUGAUUCUUUUUCUUAUUUUUUUUUUUUGUAAUUUAUGGUUGUAUUUUCUGUUAAUUAUGUAACACUUUUGUUAUAGGAAGAGGGUGAAAGAGUUCCUCUCUGUUAUAUCUUAUAUUAAACUUAAAACA